AUGGAACAACUCUAAGUUCUAAUUAAAUAAAAAUAUAAGGGAUGUCCACUUUUGAUUGGAUUAUAAGGAAUGUAGGGAGUUGGUAAAACAACUAUUGGAACUCAAAUGAAAAAACAAUUAUCUUAAUUAAAUAUCUAGUUUGAUAGUAUUAGCAUAGAUGAUUUUUAUCUAAGUUAUGUUGAUCGCCAAAAUUUAGAUAAAAAGAAAUAUAAAUAUAGAGGACCACCAGGAACACAUGAUUAUUAAAUGAUAAUCAAUUGUCUUAAAUCAUUUAAGCAAGGUAAUAGUUUUGAAGUUCCAAUAUUUGAUAAAAGUUUACAUUAAGGAUAAGGAGAUAGAGUAGGAUUUAAAAAAAUUUAGUGUUAAGUAUUAUUAUUUGAAGGAUGGUUUGUUGGUUAUAAGAGCAAAUAGUUAGAAGAAUUUAAAUAAAAGGAUUGUGAUAAAAUAUAAUUGAAUGGAAAAUAAUAUAAUGAGGAUUUGGAACUUUUUAUGAAUGAAUAGUUAAAACUGUAUGAACCAAUUUGGGAGGAAUUUGAUUUAUUAAUUCAAUUAAAACCAAAUCCAUAUGAAUUGAGUUUGAAAUGGAGAUUAGAGGCUGAAAAAGAGAUGAGAUAAAAAAGUGGAAAUGGAAUGAGUGAUGAAUAAAUAGUAGAUUUCGUGACAUAUUUUUGGAAUUGCUUACAUCCAUAAAUAUACAAUGAUAUGGCUUGUAAUUUAAUAAUUUAGGUGAAUGAAGCAAGAGAAUAUAAAGUUUAAUGA